ACCUUCCAGCGGAGCUUUUCUCGCCGCACCACCAACUUGUCACCAAAGAUGGCGAUUUGCUGAGUGCUCAUGGAUACACACAUUUUUCAGCCUGUCGUUAUCGUACCAGAAACGCCAACUUUAAAAACAAAUUAAUUACUUAGCGAGCAACUAUUUCUCCGUUUGAAGCACAUCUGACAUAACGUCAGUCACCGCCACCAUGCAGAUCACGCUUAAAACACUGCAACAGCAGACCAUUCAGAUUGAAAUAGACCCCGUACAAACGGUGAAGGCAUUGAAAGAGAAGAUAGAAGCAGAAAGGGGAAAAGACAACUUUCCUGUAUCUGGGCAGAAGUUGAUAUACGCUGGAAAAAUCCUGCAAGAUGACACACCUAUUAAGGACUACAACAUUGAUGAAAAGAAUUUUGUUGUAGUGAUGGUUUCCAAGGCUAAAUCCGCAGCUGCCGCCUCACCCCCGGCCUCCGACGCCCCCAAGCCCCCUGUACAGGACUCAAGCUCCACGUCAACAGCUGUCCAAGCCACAACCCCAGCAUUAGCCCCAGUCCCAACCCCAGCAGCUGUCCCCAUUCCCUCAGAGGAGGCCAAAGAGGAGCCAACUGCUGCAGCCACAGAACCACAACAGCCAGCCAGCUCCAGCAGCGGGGGUCAGGGCUUGGAUGCCUCCUCAGCACUGGUGACUGGUGCAGAGUACGAGGCCAUGCUCACAGAGAUCAUGUCUAUGGGCUACGAAAGGGAGAGGGUGGUGGCUGCGCUACGGGCCAGUUUCAACAACCCCCACAGAGCUGUGGAGUACCUUCUCACUGGUAUCCCCAGCAGCCCAGUCCAGGAGAGUAAUGCCCCGGCGCAGGCCCCUGCAUCUGGACCCACAGAAGCCCCAUCUCUAUCAGAGGGAGAGAACCCACUUGCAUUCCUGCGGACGCAGCCCCAGUUUCUGCACAUGAGACAGGCCAUCCAGCAGAACCCUGCUCUGCUACCAGCUCUUCUCCAACAACUAGGCAGAGAGAAUCCUCAACUUCUACAGCAAAUCAGUCAGCAUCAGGAGCUGUUCAUCCAGAUGUUGAAUGAGCCAGUGGGAGAGGGGGGAGAUGUGCCAGAGGUUGGAGAGCUGGGGGCAGCAGGGGAGGAGGGCGCACCUGUCAACUACAUCCAGGUUACACCUCAGGAGAAGGAAGCCAUCGAAAGGUUGAAAGCGCUGGGCUUCCCCGAGGCCCUGGUGAUCCAGGCCUACUUUGCCUGCGAGAAGAACGAGAACUUGGCGGCCAACUUUCUCCUCAACCAGGGACUGGAAGAUGACUGAGCAGCGCUGCCUUCCUGCUCCUCCCUCCCACCCUUCCCCUCUUCAGCUCAGCAUAAAAAGACUGCACCCCCAAUUUUACUGUACAGCUACCAACCUCAGCUCAACCCGAGAGGAGAGGAGGGGAGAGGGCAGAGCCAGCAGGGAAGGGAGGGGGGGGAUUAACGGGGUGUGUUAGGUAAUGGUGGGGUUACACACUUAAAAGUACACAAAGUGGAGGUUGUGUGCAGGAAGGGCAGACUCAAAGAUUAUUGGAGGUUGGGGUAAAGAGGUGUGGAGGAGUGAUGAAAUCCACGUGAAUUCCAAUGGAAUGUGUUGGGUUUGUCUAGGGGACAUCUAUAAUUUGAUUUUAGACGCGCUUCGUGACAUGGGGGGGUGGGGGGACGAGAGAGAGUGUGUGUGUGUGUGUGCAUGUGUCUGUGUGCCUGUGCAGAUGGGUGCGAUACAGUUAAGCUAAAAAAAAGUAAUCAAUUUGCAUUCUCUUAAGUUUGUUAAUGCUGUAGCUGGAUUGUAUGGAAGCUCCUCACUGCACUUCAACAUUAUCAGUGUGUGUAACUGCUUGUAUGAACCUCUGUAAGCCUCAUGUACGUUCGUCCAAGAAUGAUAUUGGCAGAGAUAGACUGAACCGUG